AUGUUAAAGCAACAUACAAUAUCUAUAUCACAAGAUAAAGCAUUGUGUCAAAACAGUAAUAGAUUGAAAACGUUGUUUAAAGUGGUUUUGAAACCAUUCAAUGAGAUGCAUUGUCAUUAUAGUUUUGAUUCAUUCAAAACCAAUUUCAUUGUUAUAAGUAUAAAUGAAAUUGAAGAAAAUCUGAAAGUAGUAAAUGAUAACAUUCUACAAUAUAUUGAAACUUAUAAAUAUGGCUAUAUAAUAGUUGAUUUCAAUAAACAAAUGGAUACGAGAUCAUUGUUAUUGUUUGAACGAUUUCAAAAGAGAAUGAAUCUAAAGAGUGACAUUCGAAUAUUGAUUGCAAAUCAAACAUUCGAGUGUGUUGAUAUCAUGCUCGAUAUCUUAAAGUACAAUACCUCUGAAUUUGAUAUUGAAAUGAAAAAGAGAAUAGCUCAUGAAUAUGAUCAAUUGAUUUCGAAUAAAACAAAAAUAAAAGUUUGUUUAUCAAUACCGGGUUUAUCUUUAAAUGAUACUAAACAAUUAUUAGAAAAAUCAGGUUAUAAUUUACAAAAGUUUCUGUUCAAUGAAGAACGCAAUCAAUCAUCUGAUUUGAUAAAACAAUUUGUUGCAAAUGAUAGAUUAUAA